GCAUUUUCUUUUGCAUACAUUUCCUCAUCAUUGCAUUUCUAAUUCCUUUCCCCCUUUUUUUUAUUGUUACUUCCAUUUGCCUUGGUUGUGAAGCACUUUGGCUCCACUCCUGUUAUUUUUUCAUGUGCUGCUGUUGAAAUACAUUUGACUUUGACUUGACCAACAGACAAAAAAAAAAGUGCUCUUCUUACUUUCAACUCCAAACUGCCUGGUUGCGCACAGCUGAUCUGAGCGGAGCAUUCAAAUUGAAUCACUUCCACCUGUGCCACAUGUUGGCGACCCCGACGGUGCCAAUUAUCCAAUUACGCGCGCGCGCUCUCGCUCUCUCUCUCUCUCUCUCUCUCUCUCUCUCUCUCUCUGGAGGCCAUAAAACAGGCUCGGCUGAGGCGGCGACCUUCCCCAUAACGGAGAGGAUUUUCAAGUGUUGGAUGAGAAAUGGACGCCGCGCGCGUCAACGGCGAGCCCGUGCACAGUCCGCCGCCGCGGCAGCAGCUGCAGUGCGCGCACGCGGACUGCGGAGCGACGUUCACCAGGCCGUGGAAGCUGAAGGACCACGAGUCGGUGCACACCGGCGCGCGUCCGUGUCAGUGCGCAGUCGCGGGCUGUGGCCGCAGUUUCACGAGGAGGUCUCACCUGAGCCGCCACAUGCUGAAGCACAAAGGGCUCAAAGAGUUCAGGUGCAAAUUCGCGACCUGCUCGAAGACUUUCUUCACCUCGGGCAACCUCAAGAGGCACGUGGGUUACGCCCACGCGGAGAAAAAGAAGUACUUCAAGUGUCACCAGCCGAGCUGCUCCUCGACCUUCACCAAGCGCAGACUCUUCAAACUGCACCUACAGAAGCAUGAGGCGCCUGCUGCGUUCAGGUGUUCAAAGGACGGAUGCGGCGCCACGUUCGCUUCCCACGUCGCCCGCAAAGCCCACGAGAAGAAGCACGCAGGAUACCGCUGCCCACACGCCGACUGCCAGGUGAGCGAACAGACCUGGGGGAAGCUUCAGAAGCACAUGGUCAAACACCCAGCCACCUAUCCAUGCCCAGUGUGCAAGAAGGUGUUCAAGAAGGUGACCUUGCUGCGGAAGCACAAGUGGAUCCACGCGUCCCACAAGCCCGUCCUGGUCUGUCCCCGGGAGGACUGCCAGGCCUACUUCUCCACGACCUUCAACCUGCAGCACCACAUCCGCAAGGUUCACCUGGAGCUGCUCAAGUACAAGUGCUCCUUCCCCGACUGCGCACGCAAGUUCGCCAUGCGGGAGAGUAUGAACCGACAUCUGCUUCACCAUGACCCGAGUGCCACGGCGCUGAAGCAACGCCAUCGUGCCAAGAAAUCCUGGCAGAAGCGCUUGAACGGAAGCCACCGCCCCUUCGUGGAGGAGAACCUGCAGCGCCUCUUCGCCAUGCGCCUGCGCAUCUCCAGACGGGCCAAGGUGGAGACCAACCUGGCGGGCCUCUUCAACGAGCGCAAGAUCCCCCAUUACGUCGACCCCGAGGUCAACCUGCGCAACCUGUUUGGCAUCAAGCAGCCCCGUCCUCUGGAGGAGAAACCCGAGGUCGCACCACCGAGGUUAAAUGGGGAAACGGACGCACCUCCGGUUUGACUUGACGCAUGUUUGCAGGCUUAUUUAAUUUUUUGAGGAAUUGGAAAAUUUGGGUCCCUUUUGGUUUUGUAAUGUAGCUGACAUACAUUAAAAAUAUUUUAAUUUCAAAGUGUUUGAAAGUCAAUUGGCACCUUGAUCAGGAUGUCAAGCUUUAGAGAACUUCAGAUUUGAUUCUUUGUGAAGACAACAGGUCUUCAGUGAGCUGCUUGUUGACCCAAUAAAAUGAGUUACAUUUUUGA